AUGAAGAGCCUGCUCUUGACCUUCAUGUUUCUGGGGCUGGUGGCUGUCCUGAAGGCCCAAGAACUUCCAUCAGAUGACCAGGAGAAUUACUCUGGGACCUGGUAUCCAAAGGCCAUGAUACAUAAUGGCAGCCUACCCAAUCACAAGAUACCCUCGAAGGUUUUCCCUGUGAAGGUGGCAGCCCUGGAUGGAGGAGACCUGGAAGCUGACAUUAUAUUCUGGAAGAACGGUCAGUGCCAUGACGUUAAAAUCCUGAUGAAGAAAACUGAGGAGCCUGGCAAAUUCACCUCCUUUCACGGCAAGAGGUCCAUCUAUAUCACAGAGCUGCCGGUGAAAGACCACUACAUCAUCUACUGUGAAGACCCUAACCGCGGGAAGUUGUUUGGCAUGGGAAAGCUCGUCGGGAGAAACCCUGAGGAAAACCCAGAGGCCAUGGAAGAAUUUAAGAAAUUUGUUCAGCGUAAGGGACUCAAAGAGGAAAACCUCCUUGUCCCAGAGUUGAAAGGUGAGAACAGGACUGUCCAUGCCUCUCCUUGUGUCCCCUAUAUCACUGCUACCUGUCUGUGCCCCAAACCAUGUCUGUCUGUGUGUUUCUGCGUCCUCUCUGUGCCUGGACUUAUUGUCCAUUAUUUGUUGUUUGAUGUCUGUCCAUGUUUCCUGUAUCUCUGUGGUAUCUUCAUCAUUUCCUCAGGGUCACAAUGUCACAUUCUGAGCCUCUGUCCCUCAGUGUCCCCAUGUACCUCCAAGUCUCCUGUGCUUCUGUCCACUCUCUCCCUUGUUCUCUCUGGAUCCCUUGUUUCUGUCCUGCAGCUUCAAGGUUCUGUCAGCUCUCCCAGGGUUGCCAGGCCCUGCCUCAGGUCUUGGCUGUGGGAGGGUGUGGGCCGCAGGUGUGAUGGGGUCCUGUACAGGGCCCUUCUCACCCCUGGGCUUCUUUUGGUUUCCACAGAGCACUGUGUGCCUGAAAGCGAAUAG